GAAUGUUCGGUCAUCGUGCUAUCGCUAAAAAGUUGUCCAUAUUUUCGCACUCCCCUCUACAUGUUUUGGUAUCUUCCAUUUGGUUUUGGCUCACUCACAUUAGCAAUUAUUUCUACGAAUUCAUCGAAAGAGCAGCAACGAAAAUAAAUGCCGGUCUCGCCGGUGUUUCGGCCUCUCCAUGUGCUUUUUGUGUUUGUCAUCAUCCGAUUUUCAUGUUGUUGUUGUUGUCGGGCCAAAGUACACGUCACCGUCGUCAUAGUAGCCGCAGCCAGCGUCGUCCGAUUGGAGAGAGGUGAAAAAGACAGGCAAAGCCGAAAUAAAGCGCAGCUUGCUUGGUCGGUCGGCCGUGAAUCAGAGGCCGGCUCGUCAAAACACAUAAAUCAACGUGCUCGCAACUUUCCGGAGUCAUACGCGCAAUAGUCGUUGAAGCAUAAAGACGUUGAGAACUGAGAACUAAAUAUCCUGAGGUUGCAUCUAGAAAACUAUAUGUUAAGCCAUGGGUUACGACGAUGUAAUAGUGCUGUUGGGUGACUUUGGACGAUAUCAGAAGGUCAUAUACUUUCUUAUUUGCCUCACUGCCGUACAAGUUGCCUUACAUAAAAUGGCCGGCGUUUUUCUGCUAGCCAAGUUAAAUUACCGCUGCGCUUUGCCUUUUGAACCAUCGAAUAGCAGCGACUACGACCUAUCGCCAGAGCUGUGGAAUCUGUCGUAUCCCUCUGAGCAAAAGAAGGGACAGGCUUGCGAGUAUUACAAUGCGAACUAUAGCGAGGCUUAUUUGAAUGGCAGUCAGCCGUGGACGACGAACGGCACGAGGAGCUGCAGUCGUUACAUCUAUGAUCACUCGAAAUACGAGAGCAGUGCCGUGAGUGAAUUAAACCUGGUCUGUGGACGUAAAUCGUUGGCGUGGAUGAGCAAUAGCGCCUUCAUGGUGGGCGUUUUGCUUGGGAGCAUUACUUUUGGACAUUUGAGUGACAAGUUUGGACGCAAGCCCAUCUUCUUCGCCUCCCUAGUUAUUCAGGUAACAUUUGGCGUGCUGGCAGGCCUCGCUCCUGAAUACUUUAGCUUCACCCUGGCACGCAUGUUUGUGGGCGCGACUACGCAGGGUGUAUUUCUGGUGGCCUACGUAAUAGCCAUGGAAAUGAUGGGUCCUGCAAAGCGUGUUUAUGCUGGCAUAUUUGUCAUGAUGUUUUUCUCCGCGGGCUACAUGCUAAUCGUUGGCUUUGCCUACUUCAUACAUGACUGGCGCAAUUUGCAAAUUGCUCUAACGCUCCCGGGACUGUUCUUCCUAUCUUAUUAUUGGAUUGUGCCCGAGUCAACACGCUGGCUGGUAUCAAAAGGACGGACGCAGUGUGCCAUCGACAACAUCCAGAAAGCGGCACAUUUCAAUGGCGUCAAAAUAUCAAAUGAGACUCUCAGCGAUCUGUUGGAAGAGGACGCCAGCGCCAAUGAAAAUGACAAUGCAACGAAGAAACAGGUUAAGGCGAAGCCGGCUACUGUGUUUGAUCUUUUCCGCCACCCGAAUCUGCGCCAUAAGACGCUCCUCAUCUUUUUCGACUGGUUCGUCAUAAGCGGUAUUUAUUACGGGCUGUCCUGGAAUACUAGCAUUUUGGGGGAGAACCAGCUGCAGAACUUCUUUAUUUCGGGUGCUGUGGAGAUACCCGGAUAUAUAUUUCUAUUGCUCACGCUCAACAGGUGGGGUCGUCGCUCUAUCCUGUGUGGCUGUAUGUUGACUGCUGGCGCCACCCUGUUGCUCACUACCUUCGUGCCAGAGCACAUGAACUGGCUGCUCAUCACAUGCGCAAUGACAGGCAAGUUGGCCAUCACUGCCUCCUACGGCACUGUCUACAUGUUUUCCUCUGAGCAGUUUCCCACUGUGGUGCGAAACAUGGGAAUGGGCGCCUCGUCAAUGAUGGCGCGCAUUGCUGGCACACUGGCACCAUCGCUUGAAAUGCUAAGCGUGAUUUGGCGACCCUUGCCCCUGGGGAUUUGCGGGGCUCUCGCAUUAGCUGGCGGCUUUUUGUCCCUACUUCUGCCGGAGACUCACAACAAGCCCACGCUCGAGACAAUUGAGGAUGGUGAGAAUUUUGGUAAAAAAAACCUUGGCGAUCUGUAUCUGGAGCCGGGUAAGGAGAUGGUAGAGAAACAGCCACUCAAGGUCAAUGACCACAAAUACUAAAAAAUGUAAUUUCAAACUAAAGCUCACCAUCAACUGAAACUCACUUUGUAAUUAUGUACACAUUCUGUUUGUAAUUUAAGUUAGAUGUUUAGUGUUAGCUAGAACAAUUUAUGUAAGCCUAUACUAUAGAUGUAUUUAUUUAUUUAUGUACUGGCGCCUUAAAAUUUCGAAAUGCCCGGAAAAGAAAUAAGUACAAUAGUUAUAUUACAGAAAUCUCAUAUGCAUGCCAAAAAGAAAUAAACAAGCGACCCUUAAAUUCCUUCAUCACUUCCAGAGACGCUAUGUGCUGGAAUAAAUAAAGGGUUAAACAAGAAGAAGAAAAAUAAAUAAAUAUGUAUUGAAAUUGCUUAAUAAGAA